GGUUUAAACCUUGUGUAUUUAAGAAGAGGGCCGACUUCACUAGAACCAAGCAUUCGCUGUCGUCUUCUUCUCUCUUCGGUAGGGUUUGAGGCAUUGCAGCUAUCGCUCGCAGCCAGGUAUUGACUGAUGGCAAGUGAAAACAUGAGUUCGGAAAUUCCUACAGAAGAGACUUUGAAUGACAACGAGAAUGAAGAAGUCUCUGAUAUUUCUUCAACUGUGCAAAAGGGUGAAGAUGAGGGAACAGCAGAGGUUUCAAAGAAGAAAAAGAAGAAAAAUAAAAGCAAGAAAAAGAAGGACCCACUAAAGCAAACUGAGCCACCAUCAAUACCUGUUAUUGAGCUUUUCCCUUCUGGAGAGUUCCCUGAGGGUGAAAUUCAACAGUACAAGGAUGCUAAUUUAUGGAGGACCACCUCUGAAGAGAAAAGAGAAUUGGAGCGUCUCGAAAACCCAAUGUAUAAUUCUGUUCGCCAAGCAGCUGAAGUUCAUCGUCAGGUUCGGAAAUAUAUCAGAAGCAUUUUGAAACCUGGAAUGUUAAUGACUGACCUGUGUGAGACAUUGGAGAACACAGUUCGGAAGCUGAUAUCAGAGAAUGGACUGCAAGCUGGCAUUGCAUUUCCUACUGGAUGCUCCUUGAACUGGGUUGCUGCUCACUGGACUCCAAAUACAGGAGAUAAGACUGUACUACAGUAUGAUGAUGUAAUGAAAUUGGAUUUUGGAACUCAUAUUGAUGGACGUAUAGUGGAUUGUGCAUUUACCGUAGCAUUUAAUCCUAUGUUUGACCCAUUGCUUGAAGCAUCACGUGAAGCCACCAAUACAGGCAUUAAGGAAUCUGGUAUUGAUGUCCGUCUUUGUGAUGUUGGUGCUGCAAUUCAAGAAGUGAUGGAAUCAUAUGAAGUUGAAAUAAAUGGGAAGGUGUUUCAAGUCAAAAGCAUCCGAAACCUGAAUGGACAUAGCGUGGGACGUUAUCAAAUACAUGCUGGAAAAUCAGUUCCUAUUGUAAAAGGGGGUGAGCAAACAAAAAUGGAAGAGGGUGAAUUCUUUGCCAUUGAAACUUUUGCAUCAACAGGUAAAGGAUAUGUUAGGGAAGAUCUAGAGUGCAGCCAUUACAUGAAAAAUUUUGAUGUUGGCCACAUCCCACUAAGGUUGCCAAGAGCCAAACAGCUUCUAGCGACAAUAAACAAGAACUUCUCCACAUUGGCUUUCUGUAGACGAUACUUAGAUCGCUUGGGAGAGACAAAAUAUCUAAUGGCAUUGAAAAAUCUGUGUGAUUCUGGCAUUGUUCAGCCUUAUCCUCCUCUGUGUGAUGUUAAGGGCAGUUAUGUAUCACAGUUUGAGCAUACUGUCUUACUGCGGCCAACCUGCAAGGAGGUGAUAUCUAGAGGUGAUGACUACUGAAUGAAUCUAAGUUAUUUAUUAGCUAUUUUCAUUAACUUUUUUUUCUCUGUAACUGUAUGAGUUGACAGAGGCUUUAAUGUUAUAGUUUAUCAAAAUUUUAGUUUUUCCUAAAACAGCAAUUAUGGCCAUAUUCAUCUCUGCUUAUUUAUUUGGCCAACUCUAUAUCUGUGUUUGAUACAGACUCUUUUUAUGCGGGGACAUUUUGAAUCAUUAGAGUUAUACUUGGGGAUGUGUGUAUUAUAGUCCUUUUGUCAUUGCUCCGAGGAGCAAUUUAGUUUGACAUUCUGACUAUUAAUAUUCAGUAUAGU